AUGGCCACAUCGCUAAACUACGGGCUGCCUCGGCCGCCAGAUGACUACGGGGCUGGCUGUCUGAAAUGGAUGGACCCCCAAGGAAAACAGGUUGGAGUAAUUGUGCUUUCACUGCAGCCUGUGAAUGAGGAGGUUCUGCCGAUGAAUCAUCCUUUCACAGUCGGAAUAUCGAUACAAUCACUGAUUGGCUAUCCAAAAGCCUUUCAAGAACGGAAAGCACAGGAUGAGAAAAAAGAGCCUAACUUUGAUGUAGCUCCUACGGCGCUGGAUGCCAACUUCAGCCUAAAUGAAUUUACAUGGGCACUUUGCAAGGCUGCAGGCCAAUCGGAAGGUCCAGAUCGUAUCGGCUAUCCAUUACUAAAACAACUUCCCAUCCAAGCCAAACUAACCCUACUCGACAUCUAUAACGGCGUCUGGAGUAGCGGCAUCAUCCCCGCAGAGUGGAAGGAAGCUAUUAUAAUCCCGCUCAAGAAAACUGACUCGCCAGAUUUGCACGAAACACGACUUUCAGCUCAAUCAACCACUCAGCCGGCAGUGGUACGACAGCUGGCACAACUAUCGGCCACUUCGCUGGUGGAGAGUUCAUCCCCUUCAACAACAAUAACGACAACAGCAUCAGCAGCAGCAAUAACGACAUCGCCCGCAUCGUGCAUCACCAGCGAUGUGACUAGUUCAUCAACUUCACCCCCGGACCUUUCACUCACUACAGCUGACACAGCAGUUGCUGCAGCAGCAGCAGCAGCUUCCGACCAGCUGGAUAUCGAUAUGCGAAUAUUGCAUCCUGGCCCACCGGAAAACAUACCCCAGAAUAUCCUGUCAUUCCCGCAGACGCCACCGAUUAUGAUGUAUAGGCCAACGAUUGGAAAAAAUGGAACCAAUUCGGAUGCGUCCCCCGUCAAUCGGAACAAACACAAGGGGCCGCCGAAAAAAGUCAAACCACUUCAUCUGAAUGAUGGAGUAGGAUUUGAUGGGAAUGGCGAAAAAAAGACUCAUCGGAAGUCGAACGGCAAAGGUUAUUUGGCCGCCAGCCACGGUCACAUCGAACGGGGUCUGGCAGGACAAGUGCGCGGUGUAACCGAGAGAAUCGAUGCCAAUAAUCUGCUCGUUUUGAAUUAUGGGGGUCAUAGCUCAGAGGAGAAUCGAUCCGAUGGCAGGUUCGCGGAACAAACGGGCGGCAUUAACGGGAAUGGUGCAGAUGAUGAUGACGAUGACGAUGAUGAUGAUGAUGAUGAUGAUGAGGAUGUGGAUGAGAGUGAUGAAUCAGAAGAAAGGCACGACAGUAGUGGCUCUUUUCGAAACCGCCAGGAUACAAGUGGUGGCACAUUCGGUGGUUAUGGUUAUGGUAUGAUCAAAGAACCGGAAGAGGACAAACAACAGCACUACAUCAUCACAUCGUCCGGCCACGUCGAAAUGUUUGACGACACCAAUAUGGAGGCAACGGAAAAUGUCUUCGGAAUGAAUCGAUUUAGCUCGCAGCAACAGCAAUCGGUAGGAUUUUCAUCCAGUUCUACCGGGCAGCCGCCUGCUAUGGCACUCGAUGACUCGUUAAAUGAUCACAUCCAGCCACAGGUCACAAGUUCAUCAAUCCGAGAUAACGACGAACAAAGCAAACCAAUACCACCCUUGAUAUCACUGACAACGAAUGUGACAAAACACUCAACAAACUCAAAUCGACUGUCGGUCGCGAUUUCAAGCUUAGUUGGGGGUGAUGUCCCUUCGCUGCCAAGUUACGUGCCGCAAGCUUCCCGGUCCAUUAUUGAUGUGCUCAAUUCAACGGUGGACGGUGAUUAUCUGGACGAUAACCAGACGGAAUUUAUCUACCCCGCCGUACCUGGUUUGACCGGCGAUAAUAGUGUUAGUAGCAUGGCUAGAGCAGAAGGUGGGCGAAGAUUGAAAACAACGACCAGUACUAUACUCCCACCCACCGAGAGCGGAACCGUCGUGGAAGGAAGGAGAGUGAUGGAGCAGCAUUGCGUUGUAAUGGGCGUUUCGUACAAAGUGGGCUCGGUGCUGCAACAGGAAACUGGGAACUGUCUGCACUGUGUCUGCGUGGCAGGACCCGAAAAUGAUCCGGUGCCGCGAGUGACCUGCACGCCGCUGAACUGUCCACCGUUGAUACUUCCGGAUAUACUGGAUGGUGCCGGGUUCUAAAAGCUGCCGAUAUUCGCUCGUUAAACCGAUGUGGUUCCAGUAAGCCCACAACAGAGCAUCAGCUGCACAGCAACCAUCCUCUCAAUCUCCAGUAGCAGUGACCCGACUAUGUAAAGGUAACAAACAUUUCAAUAGAGAAAAACAAAAAUGAGCAAAACUUUAUCGGCGACAGGACGACACUAGAUAGAAGGACAAAAAAUGAACUACGAAAUUCCACACAAUUUAUCAUUUAAAUUUUCUUGUGAAUAUACACUUUGCAAAUAUAUUUAUCACGAAGCCGAACAUAUACAAACUGAAAAAAAAAUCCAUCUUGCUGUGAGCUAUAGAUUUUAAACUACAACUAGUGAAUCUAGGACUACUACUAGUAUUACUUUGAUAGCUAAUGCAGGAAAGUUAGCGGAAGCAUUUAACUGUGUGUCUAAUUGGGGAAGAUUCCAAAACGUACGAUAGGUGAUUGAGUUAAGUGAUUAGGAAAAAAAUAGCGAUACAUAUUUAUCAACUACAUAUUCUACAGUCAGAGCUUGUGUACCAAAUACUGUAACGAAAUUUCUUCCCCCCUCUCGUAAGUGUACAGUACAGAUGGUAUCCUCUAUGACGAUAUUUUCAUGCAAGCGGCGAACAAGAAAAAAAACGAACCGCAUAGAAUAGUGUGAUAUCAGUUAGGAAGCAACCAAAAAGCGAAUCAAAAUGUGAGCGUUUCGAUAUACAUAGUAUUAAACUAGAAACAUAAGCGAAACUGUUCGUUCAGUCAGUUAAUCCUGAGCUUACCAGCACAUUUUACCAUUUCGUAGGCAUAUCCCUUUUCGGUUAUUUAUGCACCGGACGCUUCCUUUUUUUCCCCCGUUCCCCAAACAAUGCAACUCUUUACACUAUCAGCUGACAGUGAGCAGCUUUGCGAGCAGGUCACGUAGACGGUAUUUAUUUAAAUUGGACACCGCAUAUUUUAAUCGCAGGUUUUUGCAAUAUUCAUACAGUCAGUGGAUUUUGGUGGGGUGGCUGCCAAAGUGCAUGAAUAUUUCGUUGCCCUGCUAUUCGUUGUGUAUUCGAACGGUAGGUGAGGAAGCAGCUGCCACGGUAAUCCUUUGUAGAUUUAGCCCGGAUGAUUUCACUGCGGAGAUGUGCUUUGUUUCAAAAUAUCCUUCGGACAUCAGCAAGUAUUUUUGAUGCUGCAUGGUGCCUCCGAUGUUGUUGGCCUGGCGGUUUGUUCGACAGGAAUACUUUUUGUGAAAAUAGAAUUAUUUGAAAGAUUUUGGGGAUGUUGGUCCAAGCGUCAUUUGUUUGUAACAUGAUCGAACUCAAUGUUUUGUUCUGUAUGUUGGAAGUGUCUAAGUUCGUGUGAAGCUAUCGUUUUUUGUGAAGAGCAGGCGCUUAAUUUAUCAUUCAUAUGAGUAAAUAAAUCCGCAUAAUUUACUAAAUAAAUUAAUAAAUUAAUAAAUUACUUGCACAAUAAAAACACAUAAAAAAAUAUUAGCACUCAUACAAUUUUUUCCGGACGCUAUAGAUUUUUUCACCGUUCGGAAUUCCGGUUCCGGAGUAACGGGUUGAAGAGUGCGGCUACACAGCAAUUUUCCAUAUAAAUUGGUGCCAGCAUGGUAGCUUAGUCAAAAUGGGUUCAAAAUUACUUGGAUUUUCCAGUCUAGAUCAAUAAUGGCUAACCUAAGUCGCCUUGACCACAUUGGUCACCUACGAUGGUUCUUGAUUCCAUAUAAGCAGGAACUAAAAAAUGUCCAAAGAGAAGUCUUUAAUGUCCUUAUGGACAUUGUUUCUCACAUCCACAAACUUGUGGAGCUCCUCCACCUAGUGCUUCGCUGCCACUACUUUUGGCUUCUGUGGGGUGUAAUUCGUCCCGCUCUGCUCUGGCCGUUGCUGCUGCCGCUGCUGCUUCUCCACCUUCUCCUGCUCUUGCUGAAUGACUUCCGACCUCACCAAACCACCUCUGGUGAACGGAUUCGCCGCCCCUGUUCCGUAUGUGUUGGUCCUCGCAAUAUAUUUUAGCCAUUUUUUGAAUACAAGAUUCGUCCUGUGCUACUUCUCGAAACUGCUUCAAGCUUUUAUUGUUGUGAAAUUUGAUCCACUCAAACUUUUAUUCAAUAAAUUCGCUUCGAAUUGGACGAUUAUUACACUUUUUUCGCUAAAAUCCAAAAGAGGAGGUGGGGAGAUGCUAAGCGCUAAUAAAUGGGUCAUUCCACGCGAAGUGACCAAAAAAAGAUGAAAACUUGAAAUCGACCUUCACGGAUUUGAACCAAAUUUGGAAGAAUUGUUCAUCUAGGGCCAAUAUAUAAAAUCCAAAUUUUUGUGUCAAUUGGACCACCCCUCGGGUCAUGCACAGAAAAAAAUAUUUUGUAAUUUUAAGUUUAUUUUCAUGCACAUAUUUGGAGCAUGAAUAUAAAUGUAAAAUUAAGUUUCACCACAAACACACACGACUUGUCGUGCUUUCUUCAACGAAACGGAAAACCAAUGCGCUUCUUAUGUAUUUUUACUCGAAUACUGCUGUAAAAUGAAUGACAUGUAAUAUUACACGAACGAAAGUGUAAAAUUGUAUGCUGUUUGAUGCUCCAAUUGAUUUUAACGUAAUUUUCAAUCAAAUAUUUGAUUCAAUCGUUGUAUGUUUACAUUCGUAUUGAUUUACAUGUCGUUUAAAUUUCAUUAUUUUUUGGUGUGUGGGAGCACCCCCCGUUUUGACAAUUUGCCAAAACCCUUAAUUUUCUUUUGAUCAUAUCUCCGGUUCUAUUUGCUCUAGAAUCAAACCGCAAGAUGGAUUUUGAAGAAAAUUGUUCAAGGAGUCUUGAAAAUCUAGUUGGCAGUGCUGCCAACUAUGCGGUUUUUUCAGUUAAACAUAAAAGGUUAAUUUUUCUCUCAGUGCAUAUAUUUUAAUUUUUAAAUUCUAACGCCAUCGCGUUCCUCAGACAUGUUUACAUAAAAAACACUUAUCAUCUCAAUAUAAUAUGAGCAAAUCUUGAGAUAUACCGUUUUGAAGGGAAAACUCGCAUUUUCUCAUACAAAAAUCCAUUUUUAUUAGCCAAAAUAUAAAAAAUCUUCAAACGGUCAUAAAAAUCGACCCUGAUAUGCUAGAAGUAAACCAAAAACAUAGUUUUUCAUCAUUUCUCGUCUACUUCACGAAAAAUUGUGUUUGAACUCAGAAUACUCAAGUUGGUUUUCUAGUGUUAUGCGCUUGCGAUUUUAUAUGGGAAAUUGCGAUUUUUUCUCUUCAAAACGGUAUAUCUCAGGAACCGCUUAAAUUAUAUUGAGAUGAUAAGUGUCUGAGAAACAUGAUGGCAUUAGAAUUUUAAAAAUUAAAAUAUAUGUAUUAAGAGAAAAAUUAACUUUUAAUGUUUAACUGAAAAAAUCGCAUAGUUGGCAGCACUGCCGCCCAAAAUUAAUAUUUUUUCUAGACUCGUUGAACAAUUUUUUUCAAAAUCCAUCUUGCAGUUUGAUUCUAGAAUAAAUAGAACCGGAAAUAUGAUCAAAAGAAAAUCAAGGGUUUGGGCAAAUUGUCAAAACGGGGGAUGCUCCCAUGACCCGAGGGGUGGUCCAAUUAACACAAAAAAUUGGGUUUUUAUAUAUUGGCCCUAGAUGAACAAUUUCUCCAAAAUUGGUUCAAAUCCAUGAAGGACGAUUACACGUGCCUUGAUCACUUCGCGUGGAAUGACCCAUAUCCAUUUAUUACUGAUCAAAACAUUGGUCAUAUAUCGAUAUCCAUUAAAAAAAUAUGUACCUGGGGAAAUACAUGUCAAACUAAUGGACUAUUAUACAUAAGAGUGAUGCCAGCUAUAUGCGCCGUUUGGUAACCUCUUUUUUGCGUCCUCGUAAUGCGAAAGUGUUACUACAGUGAACCAUAGACUCAAAUUCAAAUCAGAUUCACGAACAAUUCAAAAAUGAAUAACAUACAAGUUAAAUCGGUUACAUUAUUAUAGUUGAAUUGAUCAAUUUACAAUUCACACCAAAAUUUGACAGCUUAUCCCUAUAAACGUAGUGUUAACAUUCAGUCUUUUUCUACAAAUACCAUUACCCUAUGGAGAAAAUGUAAAUCUACUAACACAACAUGAAAUUUUCCUUACUUCUACAUAUUUUCACCUUAAAGAUCGAGAUCUAGUGUCAUCUGAAACAAAAAAAAUAAGACAUGAUAAAAGGUUUGUCGCUACUAGCAACAAACCUUUUAUCAUGUCUACAUGCCCGCUCACAAAGUUGAGAUCAACGGUGUAGUCACCGAAUCGAGUUUGUUAUGUGAUGCACGGAGCUGGCGGUUUCAAGGACCCCUUUCACCAGUGAGCAAAGAUUUUGAAUGUCAAUGGCAGUGGAUUUGACAAAAAGGUGUGUCUGCAAACUCAUUUUGGGUGACCUUUCGCGGGACUCCUUUGCGUUUGCGUUAUGGGUUCUUCGGCAAGGGCCGUUUGCCUUUUCGACUGUUUACGCAAAUGAUAACAAUAAGAUUUACUGUGACAAUUAUGCAGAUAAUCAUGACUCUGACUGUGACUGAUGUUUUCCAUAUAAGGACAUUUUUCUCUGCUCCUAAAAACAAUAGAGAUAUAAGAUUCCUUAUAAUGGCUUCAAUUUUUCUCUUGAGAGGGCGCCAAAUAUACCAGCUCGAGGAAGCUCUGUCACAAAAUAUUCGAGAUCAAACAAAGAAAUUCCAGCACUUUCAAGAACACCAAAAAUCUCAUGUGACAUUUCAACCAGAGAAUCAAUUUAGUGUAGAACUGGUUGGGCUUAUAUGAGUCACCGAUAAUGCGAUAAUGAUUGUGAUUGCGUGAUAAUGCGAUAAUGGUAAUGAUUGUGCUAAUGCGGAACUCUUCCUAAUAUCGACAAGACUUUUAUUUCCACGGUACGGCAUUCCUAAGCUGACCAACUCUGUCGAAAAAAUCCGUACACCAUACCGCAACGAAGCGAAAUCGUUCAUCAUGCUCAGGCAAUCGGUUUUUACAGUGCACGGAUUUUUUCGUCAGAGUUGGUCAGCUUAGGUAUUUCGAUGAUAAUUGUUCUACCUUACUCCAUGAUCUUCUACAUCUACAUCUUUACACAGGUUGCCUGCCUCACUUUUUUUGGUUCAAUGUAUUCCUACCGAUUAGUUGUUUACAUAAAUCGCUCCAACUAUUUUUACUUUUUGACGAGAUUUGUGAAGUUUUUAUCGUUGUUUGUCGUGUUAAUCGACUCAGUAUUUUGUUUUUAACAUUGUUAUUGUGCAGUGUGAAAGUGUCUCCUGUUUGCUUUUGUGUUGCGAAAAAAUCAGCGAAGAACGUAACUGAUGUGGUUUUCGUUUGAAGCGAAACUGAGUCAGUUCCUAACCCCAACUGCUGUCAAAAUGUAUGAACUGACAGCAGUUGGGGUUAGAACCUGACUCAGUUUCAGGUUCAAGCGAAAUCGCCAUGAGUGAACUUCUGUGACUUAACCACCAAAACUUUCCACCGAAUGCAGCGUCAUCUAUACUUCAUUGUUCGCAUUCUCAGAUCGGCAUGCAUUAUGGCAAGUGCAUGCGAUCACUGCGCGAAAACCGUCAAAUCGGAUAACGACUUUAUUGAAUGCAUAGGUUUUUGCAAAAAUGUGGUACAUAGGCCCCCGUCGUCGCGAGGAUGGCCCUGAUCCAAGCAAUAUUCUUGUUGGUGGUCGAAAGCUAGUCGAUAAUAGCAACAUUGUUACGGUUCCACCUCCCGCGCCGUUGCUCUGGAUGUAUCUUUCCCGAUUUCAUCCUAGCGUUAGCAAAGAGACUGUCGAAAAAAUGUCUAAAGAAGGACUAAAUUGUAACGAGGAGAUAAAGGUUAUUCCACUUGUUAAAGAAGGCAUAGACGUCAGUACUUUGAACUUCAUAUCCUUCAAAGUUGGAGUUCACCCAAAGUACCGUGAUGCAGCUCUUAACCCUGACACAUGGCCGCAAGGCAUUCUGUUCAGGGAAUUUGAAGACAGCCGUACCCAGAACAUUUGGAGCCCGCCGACUGAUUUUCCACCGCCUCCAGAAGAAGCAUGUACCUCUCUAAUGCAACCCGGCCCAUCAAUGGUCCUGCAGACUCCGCAACGAUUGGCCAUGUCACUAUACCAAGCCACACCGCCCUUGUGAAGGAGUAUCGAUGCCGAUCGCAUACUGGGAUGCAAUGCAGUUGGUACUAUGGAAGCCCUCGAUCCCCCCGCUACAGUCGAGCCCUUGCCGCCAGCGUUCAUCAGUCGUCCCGGUCCUGCAUGUGUGGGUGGGGAAAGGGUCUUCCAAGCCGCCUUUCUCGGUAAGUAUUAUAAAAAUUGUAACGAUACAACGCACAGUGGGACGAGCCCGGACUUAAGUCCAUAUAUGAAGGUUAUGCGAUAUUCUCAUUAGUAUUUUUCUCGUAUCAGCUGAGCCAUCAGAGACAUUUUCGCGAGAUUUUAGGUGAUUUGAAUGCAAAAUGAAUUUUUGACAGCUUUUUGAAGGGCAUAACUCAAGUGUUUUUUGCAUUAUUUGACCAUAGGUACUACAUACGGUUAUUCUCGUUUUUCAAAGAAACCGUUGAUUUUAUGAAUUGCAUUACUUCACCAAAAUUAUCCAUGUGUUAAAAUUACAUCGUAAAAUCGCUAAAAAUAAGUCACUAGUUGGUUUAGUUAGUGUUUAGAUAACUGUUUGUCAUGAAUUUUUAUUAAAUUCGAACUUCUAAAGCGAAAACAACAACGACGCCCAUGAAUGCCCGCGAUCACACUAUGCUCAUUUGAAAGCUUUUCAUUUUCUCUUUAAAAUGAACCUAUGCUAGUUUUGCGAAAACUUGCGAUAAGUAGUCAAAAUUUGAAAAAACUGUGAAUGGAGACGCAUGGUUAUUACUGACAUUUAAUUUGAAUAUUCACUUUAUAACUAGAAUAAUGACACUAAUUUAUGCACAACUUUCAAAUAGCAUUUAGAGCAUGAUCUACCAGGGUUUUAGUAGUGAUCAAGAGUAAGGAGCCGAGUGGGAAGUAUGGUUUUUAAGUGGUAAAGGAAUUAAGAAUGUUUAAAAUUCAGUAAAUAUUUUCAACCAUCUGAUAUGUGUCAUAAAAUGUUUCAUAAACUAUUUUUGCUAACUUACGCAAUAACUGUCAAAUUGAGUGAACACAGUAGAGUUCUAGUCAUUGGUGAGACUAUUUUAUCCGAGUUUGCAUAUCACUCAUAUAGCUUAAGGUUGCACAGAGAAUGCGCAAAAUUCGCAAACGAAAAAAGCAGUUUUUUUCCACACCGUAUGUCAGAUCUUCAUAAAAAUCAAUCAGCGUAUAUAGAAUGUUGUUACAGUACUGCUGAUUGAUUUUUAUGAAGAUCUGACAUACGGUGUGGAAAAUAACUGCUUUUUUCGUUUGCGAAUUUUGCGCAUUCUCUGUGCAACCUUAAGGGUAUGCGAUAUUAUCCAAAUAAAAUAAGACCAUUUUUAAAUGAACCAUAUACGCGAAAAAAGGAUUUUGGAUUUAUUUUUAUUUAAGAUAUGAAAUAAGCAAUCUAAGUAACUUAAAACACACCUGCGAAAACAAAAUCGUUAACCAUCUUGUUGAUUAGUGAAUGUAAAUCAGUAUUCCACUAAGACGCUCAAAAUGUUUAUUUUGAAAACGAAAGAAAAUUUGGUUUUCAUACCAAGUAACCCAAUAAUGAAUUAAACGUUCCAAAAUUAGUCAAUCACAUCUUAUUUGAUCCUUAAAAAUAAUAUAGUCAUUUCUGAAGCCCCAUAAUGAGAUGUCAAUCAAUUCGUUUCAAUACGGAAAAAAAAUUCCAAAAUUACAAUUGAAAUAAAUCAUUAUAGAAGACAAAAUAUUUACUUUUGAGCCACUCUAAUAAGAAAUAAAGUUAAUUUCUAUUUUAUAACCAACAUAGGAAUUCAGCGCACAAAAAUGUGUUUAAAUUUUUUUUGAACCUUCACAACAAAAUAAUUAUUUUUGAGCCACCCUAAUGUAUAAUGAUUUUUUUUUACAAAUAUAAAAAACGAUUUAGCACACGAAAAUUAAUAUACACAAAUUUUUAGAACGAUUUAGAAAAAAAAAUAUUUUUGAGACACCCUAAUGAAUAGUAAAUGUUUAUUUUUGAAAUGCUUUGAUAUCGAAAACGAAUUCAGCGUACCAAAAUUAUAUAAAAAUGUCCUAUAUGAACCGAUACGGAAAAGUUUGGACUUUAGUCCACAUUGUGUUCUGAGUCGUGCCACUGUGCAACGGUUGAACCGAUUCACGCUUCUAGCUCAUCGUACGACUCUCGUCGCAAGCUGCUACCACCCCGUUCCUGCUCUCCGCAUUCCACCAUCGGGUUCCAACGCAUACUGGGACGCACCGCAGUUGGCACUAUGGAAGCCCUCGAUCCCGCCGCCACAGUCGAGCACUUGCAGCCAGCGAUCAUCAGUCGUCCCGGUCCUGUAUGUGGGAUGGGUGAAAGGGUCUUCCAACCUGCCGCAAAUGGCAAGUAUACAUCUGUUCCGAACAUUUCAAGCGCUGAUGUAUGCUUCGCUUCCAGUUUUUGCCUUUUGCUCCGACAUCUUGUUAUCAGAUGCCAACCAUAUCUCUCGACGACGACGAUAGUCGUAUUUUGGGGCGCGACGCAGUUGAUUCGGGAUACCUCGAAUCCCUCACCACAGUCGACCAGGCGACCGUGAACCGUUCCGAUACUGUUCGUGGGAUUGACGAAAGGAUCUUCCUACACGGCAACAUGGCUUCGCUCUCUACUGUACCUAAUUCGUCCUCCAAGAACAUCGAGGUUUACUACCAGAAUGUUGGUGGCUUAAAUUCAUCAACGGACAGCUAUUUGCUCGCGACCACGGGUUGCUGUUACGACGUUAUCGCCUUGACCGAAACGUGGCUUGACAACCGUACUCUGUCUCGCCAGGUCUUUGGUUCAACAUUCGAUGUCUACCGCUGUGACCGCAAUGCCCUCAACAGCCACAAGACAUCAGGCGGUGGUGUGCUUAUCGCCGUUCGCCGUGAUAUAAAAGCCCGAGUGAUCAACGAUGAACGGUGGGCGAGCUCCGAGCAAGUGUGGAUAUCAGUGAAACUUGCCGAUCGCAAUCUGUUCCUGUGUGUUGUGUAUUUUCCACCUGACAGAAUUCGUGAUUCCAGCCUGAUCGAUGUACAUCUUUCCUCCGUUUCUUUUAUCGCCUCGAUCGCCGCCUCUUCUGAUGAUAUUGUUAUACUGGGCGACUUCAACUUACUUGGCUUGACGUGGUGCCAAGCAAGUAAUGGUUUUCUACGAUUGGAUAUCGAAAAAUCUGCGCUUAUUAACAAUGCCAGAUGUAUUUUGGACAACUACAGCAGCGCAACUCUUCGGCAAAUUAAUAAUGUCACCAACGUACAUUGGACCUCUGCUUUGUAAGUGCCCGGGACUGCGCUCCGUACUGCUGCACUGCACCGACUCCUUUAGUCAAGCAGGUGCGUCAUCAUCCCACACUACAUCGUGUAUUCGCUGGUAACCUAGGAGUGAAUUUUGAAGACGUCUCAAGCUCUAUCGUCUACGAUUUUUAAAACGCUGACUACGACGGCAUCGUUAGCACGCUGUUGGAUAUAAACUGGGACGAAAAUAUUAACAACGACGACGCGAACGAAGCAGCGAUGACGUUUUCUAGUAUUCUUAACUACCUUAACGACCGCCGUGUACCAAAACAAUUAGUACCGAUGAACACUCUCCCUGGCAAUCAACCGUCCUUAGACGUUUAAAAUCUGCCAAACGAGCUGCAUUUAAAAAAUUCUCGAAGCAUAAGACACUUGCAUUACGAAAUCACUACUUUCAACUCAACCACGAAUACAAACAACAAAGCAAAUUUUCAAGCGUUUUUUCCAACGAGCGCCUGCCACCACAACAAGUCGCUGCCGCCGCUAAUUUAACUCCUUCUCUAGGACGAACCAUCAAUCGAAUUUGUGUCGAUAAUGCUGCCAUUCUUGCAGCAAAUGCCAAACUGAAAGCAUCUUGUUCCCCAGGUCCAGAUGGUGUUCCCUCGAUUUUUGUCAAAAAGUGCAUCAGCGGGCUUCUUGAACCACUUCGGCGAGUCUUCGAGCUAUCACUCACUACUGGUACAUUCCCUUCGUGCUGGAAAGCAGCGCACAUGUUUCCAGUUCAUAAAAAAGGAAACAAAUCGAACAUUGACAAUUAUCGGGGAAUCUCGUGUUUAAGUGCUGUAUCAAAACUGUUCGAGCUGGUUGUGUUAGAUCCUAUUUUCUUUCACUGCAAACACUACGACAUUGACAAACCUGCUCUCGUUCACAACAUAUGUAAUGGAUGGAUUCGCUGACGGAUUGCAAACCGAUGCUAUUUAUAUGGAUCUAUCUGCGGCCUUCGACAAAAUCAACCAUGAUAUCGCAAUAGCGAAGCUGGCCAAACUCGGCAUUCAUGGACAACUUCUGCGCUGGUUUCGUUCCUACCUCGAUGGAAGGCAACUCCAAAUCAGCAUUAAGGACUGUCUAUCUGCACCAUUCUUCGCUACAUCCGGCAUAUCACAAGGAAGCCAUCUCGGUCCAGUAAUAUUCCUCCUCUACUUUAAUGACGUCAAUUUCACAUUACAAGGACCCCGCCUUUCUUUCGCCGACGACAUGAAAAUUUUUCAACAAAUACGGGAUAAAACCGAUGCCGAGCUUCUUCAAAGGGAACUGGUCAGCUUUAGUACGUGGUGUGAUCUAAACAGAAUGGUUUUAAACCCGAGCAAAUGCUUGUUCACGCGGAAACGCCAACCGACUCAGUUUAACUACCAUUUCUUCGGCUCGAGCAUUCCAAGACACUCUCGCAUCAAAGAUCUCGGAGUCAUCAUGGAUUCGGCAUUAACAUUCAAACCACAUACGUCAUACAUCGUGGAUAAGGUAUCACGAUGGCUUGGGUUCAUCUUCUGAAUAGCGAAAAACUUCAGGGACGUAUAUUGUCUUAAAUCGCUUUACUGCGCGUUGGUCCGCUCAACGUUAGAAUAUUGUUCAGCUGUUUUGAAUCCGUACUACCAGAACGGGAUUGACAGAAUCGAGGCUGUCCAACGCAGGUUCAUACGCUUCGCCCUUCGUCAUCUCCCAUGGCGAAACAGAUUUCAGCUGCCGAGCUAUGAAAACCGUUGCCAGCUUAUACACCUCGAUACACUCAGCAUUCGGAGGGACUGCUCUCGAGCCCUGUUCGUCUCGGAUUUACUCUCUGCCAGAGUGGAUUUCCCUACAAUCCUCGGACGUCUGGAUCUUCAAGCCCGCGUUCGAGCUCUACGUAAUAAGUUCCGUUCAGGAGAACCAACUAUGGUUGCCAGAGCGCUGUUACCGGACUCCAACGAAUUUUUAACAGUGUGGCGACGGCCUUUGACUUCAACCGGACGAGGAAUGCGAUAAAAGCGAAAAUGUUGUCAAUUUUAAAAUGUAAUUAGUUUAAGCAACCACCAUUGGGACCAAGGGGCCUGUUGGUGAAGGUAAUAAACAUAAACAUAAACAAUAAAUCUGAACGGAACUGACAGGACCAUAGCGAGGUUAUCUGGCGCCUUUGAUGGCGUCUCAGUAGUGCGCCCCUUUUCAGUUCGAAUUUUGAACAAUGAAAUAUCUGGAAAUGGUACUCAUAUUAAGAUUUAUUUUAUAAAACAUCAAAAUUUCAGCGCACGCUAAGGUUUGCGCCUUGGCAGAGGCCAUCGCAGCCAACCACAUGCUACGGGCCUGGUUAUAAGGAAUACACUGAAAAUCUCGUCGAAGUUAUGCCAUGAUUUAUGCUGGAGGAAAUUAUACGUUCUGUUCUUUAAACUUUACUUCACUUUGUAAUAAAGAUCGUCUUGACUUACUGGACAGAUUGAAUGGCUUUUGUAAUUUUGAUGGUAAGCUGUAGUGUCUUUCAGGGGACUUUAAUUUUUUCAAAGAUCAAAUAUUCCUUCCUUACCAUUGGUGUUGGCUGAACAAUAAACAUUGCAUUAUUAGUCUCAUACAAUUUUACUAGAAAGUUGAAAAAUGUCAUAAAAUAUGUGCGACACUGCUUUGAAACAACCCCUAUUUUUAAAGGAACGAUAAGUGAUUGAAAAUGGAUGUUUAAAAUCCCACUCGAACUUUCCAUAUUGCUUCAGCAACAAAAACUACUCGUUUCACGAGCCAUUUGUUUUGCCUUUUGUUCAUUUUAAAUUAUUUCGAUUUCGGAAAGGGUGCGAGUGUACUUUAACACCUUCUUUUAGCUAUCGCUUUGAAGUCUACGACGCAUUGGAAUUCGCCCAGCAACCAUACUUCAUCCUGACCUGAAUGCACAUACCACUGCACUCUAUUUCCACCAAGCACGGGGAAAAUCGUGCACAUUAAGUUAUUUCAAUAAAAAAGUCUCCUUCUACCAUCCCGUUCUGUAUGUAUGUCGGUCCAACACAACCCACCGAGCGGCAGUUCUAUCCAGCAGUUUAUGCAACGUUCUUUUUUCCCCUUUUUUUCGCCUGAAAACUAAAGUCACGUACCGCAUUCGUGCACGUCCGAAUCAGGGAAAUCACAUCGUUUGUGAUAUUUCCCAA